AUGUCUGGUCCCAACUUGGUAAAUCAAUAUCCCAUCACAUCCUUACCAAGGGUGAACGAUGUGGAGUUAUCGCGUAAAUUGGUGGUGUCCCCAAUCAUCUCUCACGAUACUUCAAUUAUAGACCUUGGAAUUUCGAAAUCCAUGAUAUCGUCACAUUUAAUAAAACCUAGUCCGAAAUUGUUAUGGUCAUAUGCGCUCAAACCAUCUGUUGUUGUAGAAGCAAUGGAUGUGGUCAAAUCACUGAAUAAGAAAUACUAUAUAUGCAGUUUAUCAGAAAGGAGGAGUGCCCAGCUUUUACUAGUUGAAACUGAAAAUGAUACUACUAUCACUACCACCACCACCACCACCACUGGUGGUGAUGGCAAUUUCAACAUUUCAACGUCAAAAGAGUCGAAAUUAAAAUUACACCAAAAAGCGAUUGGUGUGAAAUUUUUGAGUGUUUCUAAAAUUGCUGUUGUUUAUGUUGAUGGAGCAGUUGAAAUUAUUAAUCUAGUUGAAAAUGUUUUGAGCUUUGCCGGGAAUAAAAUUGCAAGUAGCAGUGAAAAAGAAGAAGAAGUGAUAUUUAAUACCUUUAUCAGUGACUUGGAACAGCCGCUACUUUUGAUUGUUUCGAAAGUGUUGAGAUCAAAAAAGUUGAAUUAUAAGCUCAUCUCUUUGGACUUGCAAAAACCAAUAUUCGAAGCACAAAUGGUACAGAGAGAUUACCAAAAAGAGAAGGAGGAGGAAAAAGCAGCAGAGGAGAACUUUGUUUUUGCAUACAUAGAAGGAACCUUAUUCCAAUACCGUAAUUUUCAUUUAGAGUCUAUUUCAAUUGCCAAUUUCCAAACACAAAACACUAUUUUGGUAUCUACCUUGAUUGAUAAGCAGUUCCCAGUUUCAAUAAGGGCGCCGGCUCCCGAUAGAAUCUUGCUAGGUAAUGCCGACAUGAUAUAUUUGAUAAAUGUGAAAUUUGGUGCAUUACUAUCAAAGUUCAAGUCGGUUUCCAGCUCGUCGAAUCCAGUGGCUGAUAUAGUAUAUGUAAACCAGGUUAUUCCGGUAAAGGGGCAAUCCCAAAAUACAUCGAAUUCAGUGGGAUUCUAUUUGAACUUGAAAAAUAAGGACAAAAAUUUAUAUUUGAAUGUUAUUGACAUCAAUGUUGGCUUUAACAAGUUGAAUGAAUGUUUAGGCAAGGCAUUGGAAAAACCUAAAGAGAAAAAGUUGCAUAAUUUGGUAGAGUUGUAUGAUGAUGAUGAUGAUGAUGAUGAUGGUGAUGGCACAGUGAAUGGAGGCCAUUCAAUCGAAAAGACAAACAGUGAGCUUGAUGAGGUAUAUGAGAGUUUAAAAGAAGCGCAACAAGCUGGAGAUUUGCAUAAAUGGGAAUCGAUAUUAAUACCAUAUUUGAAGAAUAACAAAUCUUGGCAAGAUAUCAAGAAAAAUGGAGACAAGCAGAGUAAAAAGAAUAAAGUGUACCAGUAUAAGGAAUUUGAAGUAGAAAAUGAUCGAGUUGUUGAUGUCAAGUUUAUUGAGUCCUUGUUUGAACUUUUAUUUGAUACCAACCCUUUACUGUUUAAGAACUCUGCUUUUGUUCCUGAAUAUACCUUGAUGUACCUUUUGACCAAUCCAAUUUACCCGAAAUUAUAUGCCAAGGGAUUAAUACAAUUGCUCGAUGAAACGAAAAAUAAGACUCUUUUAAGACAGGCUAUCAAUACAUGCUUGAAUAUUCCGUUGGAUGAUUUUCUCCAGCAGUUGUUGAGAGAGAAGGAUGCAACUGUGAUUCACGACUUGAUCAACCGUGUUGUUUUAGAGUUUUCCACUGAUAAAAUUACAACUGUUUUGAAGAAGGUUAUCGAUGGCCAAGACCACUCAGUGGAUGUGAUUGAGUUGAUUAACAAAUUACUUGCUUCAAAGACAGCUAAUAAUUGGAUUUUAAUUGAGAUCUUGAUUAGUAUCAAUGGGUUGUUCAAUUGGUCAGAGGACGAUUUGAAAAGAUUGAAUAGAUUAGUUGAUAUUAGUUUGAAAGCACUUGAAGUGAAUGCCUAUAAUUUGACACUAGUUAAACAAAUACAAUUAAAGAAAAACCAGUUGGCUCAGAUUCACAAUGGUAAGAAGAGUAAAAAUGAAAUAAAUUCAAGUACAAGUGGAUUGGGAUUAUUGUCCAUCACCGAUCAAACGAGUUUGGGCAAUAAAAAAGUGGAUAGUCUUGUUAAUUCAAAGGUGCCAUUGUAUUCUAUCGAGACCUUGGAUGUGUAG